AUUAGUCUCUCUAUAGCACGAGCACAUUCUACCUGCAGCCAAGUUAUGGAAGUUUCACAUUUCGAAUUGCACAGACCAUGAUCAUCACAUCUCGCGGGUUACGGGCCUGCUUCCUGAUGAGCUGCGUACGACCGUGUCAGUACUCAGCUGUGAGAUACACUGCAGUCGUAGACGACAUGUGGAUAUAAAAGGGAGUUGAGCUCUGAACGAAUUCAAGCAACCACAACUCAAGUCCUUCGCUCUUCAUUCCCUUCGCCAACAUGAAGCUCGUAUUCACUGCCUUGCUGGCAUCCGCCAUCACUGGUGCCUUCGCUGCUCCCACACCUAGCGAGCAGGGCCCGAUCACUGCCCGCCAGGCUGCAAGCGCCUGCGCGACCGCUGUCACUCUCUCCGGCAAUCCCUUUGCAGGACGUUCUAUUUAUGCGAACAAGUUCUACUCGUCUGAGGUCUCUUCCGCCGCUGCCUCCAUCACUGAUAGCGCGUUGAAGGCAAAGGCAACAAAGGUUGCCAGCGUUGGAACCUACCUCUGGAUCGAUACUCGUGCAAAGAUUGCUACAGUUGAAGAUGCUAUCAAGAACGUUGGCUGCAACCAGAUUGCUGCUCUUGUCAUCUACAACCUUCCCGGCCGUGACUGUGCUGCUAAGGCUUCCAACGGUGAGCUCGCCGUCGGCCAGCUUGAUAUUUACAAGAAACAGUACAUCGAUCCCAUUGUUGCCAUCUUCAAGAAGUACCCCAAGGUCGCCAUUUCUCUGGUCAUUGAGCCUGAUUCUCUCCCCAACCUUGUCACCAACGCCAACCUCGCGACAUGCCAGGCCUCUGCCUCCGGCUACCGCGAAGGCGUCGCAUAUGCCCUCCAGCAACUCAACCUCCCCAACGUAGCCAUGUACCUCGACGCCGGACAUGGCGGCUGGCUCGGAUGGAACGACAAUCUCCAACCUGGCGCCAAGGUCCUCGCCGACGCCUACAUUGCAGCGGGUAAGCCCAAAUCCCUCCGCGGCAUCUCCACCAACGUUGCUGGCUGGAACGCCUGGGACCUGACACCCGGCGAAUUCGCUGCCGGCGACGGUCAGUAUAACAAGGGAUUGAACGAGAAGUCCUACGUCGAGACCUUCGCCACAUACCUGACCGCUGCCGGUAUGCCGUCGCAGGCCAUCGUCGACACUGGCCGCAACGCCGUCCAGGGCCUGCGCCAGGAGUGGGGCCACUGGUGCAACGUUAACGGUGCUGGAUUCGGUGUGCGACCUACUACCAACACGGGAUCAAGCAAAGUGGACUCGUUUGUAUGGGUUAAGCCCGGUGGUGAGAGCGAUGGUACCAGCGACUCAUCGGCUGUGCGUUACGACUCGUUCUGUGGAUUGAGCGAUGCGUUCAAGCCCAGUCCCGAGGCGGGACAGUGGAACCAGGCCUACUUCGAGAUGUUGCUUAAGAAUGCUAAGCCAUCCUUUUAGAUGUGAAGUCGCAGGUGUGUUUUCGGGUUUUCUUGUACAUACCUUCCGCCUUUCGAGAGAAGGGAUUGCAAAUAUGGAGUAUCUACGUAUAUAGGAGGAGACGGAACGAUAGGGGAGAGGGCUAAGUAAAUGACACUCGUUUGAAC